UAGAAGUUCCCCUUGCUCUGCAAGGUGCCGCGGCUUUUGUGGAGCGAUGGUUAACGAUGCUUGACUGUUGCAGAAGGUCCCUGGUUCGCGCCCGGGUAUGGGCGAGGGGACGGUUUAAACUUAUACUGUUACAUUGAUGCUGUUGACCCGGAUCACUGGUUGCUGCGGAAAAAAGGAGGAAGGUCAAAAGGGGGGCCAGGGAGUCCCUCAGUGCCAAGGUUUACUAUAGAGAAUCAGAAAGUAGAUGCUAGGCCUCCAGCUGACAUGUACACAUAUAAAAUGAACUACCCCAGCCUUGGACAAUGUGUCAUCAUCAACAACAAGAACUUUGACAGGAGAACAGGAAUGAGUUCUCGCAAGGGAACAGAUGUGGAUGCUGGCUAUGCAAGGAAAGUGUUCGAACGUUUGGGGUACAACGUGAAAGUUGCCAAUGACCAGACGGUGCAGCAGAUCCAACAGCUGCUUUACACUGUGUCUCAAGACAACCACAGCCAGUCAGCCUCCUUUGUGUGUGUGAUGCUGAGCCAUGGAGGAGAGGGUGUGUUCUAUGGCACAGAUGGAAAUGUGGAGCUCCAGAAGCUCACCGGACUCUUCAGGGGCGACCGCUGCAAAACGCUGGUGGGAAAGCCCAAACUCUUCUUCAUCCAGGCGUGCCGUGGCUCUGAUCUAGACUGUGGAAUAGAGACAGACAGUGUUGCUGGUGGAAUAGAGACGGACAGCGUUGCUGGUAACUAUCCAGAGAGGAUUCCAGUGGAGGCAGACUUUCUCUAUGCUUACUCUACAGCCCCAGGCUACUACUCCUGGAGGAACACCGACAAGGGCUCCUGGUUCAUCCAGGCCCUCUGUGAGAUGUUACAAAGGUACGGCAAACAGCUGGACAUUAUGCAGAUCAUGACACGUGUUAACCACAAGGUGGCACAUGACUUCGAGGCUUCCGCCAACAAGCAGAUCCCUUGCAUUGUGUCUAUGUUGACCAAACAUCUCUACUUUCCACAGUGAUUGUAUAUCCUGUGGGACCAUUUUACAUAUUUGCACAGUGUCUGCUGGGGUUCUAAAGACCAUUAAAUAAUACAGAGGGAUUCUCUGCACUGGACCAAAUACCACUGUGGAUAAUCACUUAUUCAAAUACUUCUGUUUGGGGAAAGUCUAAAAGCGAAAAGGUAUGAAAUGUUUACCCUUGAGGCCUAAAGGGCAUUAUGUUGGACCACAGAGAAUGGCUUUUUAAUGGGGAAAGGCUGGCAUUAAGUAUUGACUACGCAAUAGCAGUACUUGCUAUUGAUAUGUAGUUCAUUAAUUUGGAAUGGAAUUAAAAUGCUCUGAAUUGUAGGGUAAAUACAUGUUCAGAUAACAUGGAAUGAAAGUCACUCAGGCUUUAUAAGUAUUGUAAAGUUGUGUUAUGUCUCUAUAUAAAUAAUCUGUCACCCGU